AUGUCUGCCACCAUCCCCGAGCUCGACGCUACCGUGCGUUCCUUUUACGAGGGCCGCGGAGAGACGCAGAAGCAGGCGCAAGCAACGCUCAAUCAGUUCAAAGAGAACCCGGACUCAUGGCUUUUGGUCGACCAGAUCCUCUCCGAGGCACAAUACCCGCAAACCAAGUACUUGGGAUUGCAAGUGCUUGACAAUGUGAUCAUGACACGGUGGAAGGUUUUGCCGCGCGACCAAUGUCAAGGCAUUCGGAAUUUUGUCGUUAACUUCAUCAUCUCGCUGUCAAACAACGAGGACAGAACCCAGAUCGACCGCACCCUCCUCAACAAGUUGAAUCUCGUCCUCGUAUCAAUCUUGAAGCAGGAAUGGCCUCACAAUUGGCCCACGUUCAUAAACGAAAUCAUCUCGGCGUGCCACAGCAGUCUCCCCAUUUGCGAGAACAACAUGGCAAUUCUCCGAUUGCUCUCAGAAGAAGUUUUUGAUUACUCGGAGGACCAGAUGACAUCCCAGAAGCGACGGGAGCUCAAACAGAGCAUGUGUGAUGAGUUUACAUCGAUCUACCAGCUUUGCUCAGAGGUCCUCCGGACGGCCACUGAGGCCUCCCUCAUCAAAGCUACCCUCGAAACACUCCUUCGCUUCCUUAAUUGGAUUCCUCUUGGCUAUAUCUUCGAGACCCCUCCGAGCGGUGCUAGCUUGAUCGAGACGCUGCGAAGCCGGUUCCUCGACGUGCCCGACUUCCGCAACAUCACAUUGAAGUGCCUGACCGAAAUCGCCGGCCUACACACCGAGCCCGCUUAUGAUGACAAGCUUGUACAGAUGUUCACCGAGACAUUGACCGCCAUCGCAAAGAUCAUUCCACUCACAUUAGAUCUCAAGAGCACAUAUGCACAGAGCAACGGCAGAGACCAGGAAUUUGUACAGAAUCUUGCCUUGUUUUUAACCAACUUCUUCACCAUGCAUUUGAACGUCAUCGAGAACCUCAUGAACCGCGAUUUCCUUACGCACGGCCAUUUCUAUCUUAUCCGCAUCAGCCAGAUCGACGACCGUGAAAUCUUCAAGAUCUGCUUAGAAUACUGGACCAAGCUCGUGUCAGAGCUGUAUGACGAGAUGCAGGCUCUGCCCAUCACCGAUGUAAACCCUCUCCUGAACAUGGGCAUCACAGCGACCAAUGGCGGCGCGCGAGAUCCCGCCAUGCUAGCAAACUACCCAUUACGCAAGCACAAGUACGCUGAGAUCUUGUCCAACCUGCGCACCGUCAUGAUCGAGAAAAUGGUUCGUCCCGAAGAAGUGCUCAUUGUCGAAAACGACGAGGGUGAGAUUGUCCGCGAGUUCGUUAAGGAGAGCGACACCAUCCAACUGUACAAAUCGACGCGCGAGUGUCUCGUCUUCUUGACGCAUCUCGAUGUUAACGACACCGAGCAAAUCAUGUCCGAGAAACUAGCGCGCCAAGUGGACGGAACCGAAUGGUCCUGGGCCAAUUGCAAUACUCUCUGUUGGGCUAUUGGUUCGAUAUCUGGCGCCAUGAAUGAAGAGACGGAGAAGCGAUUCCUCGUUACUGUUAUCAAGGAUCUCCUAGGCCUCACCGAAAUGAAGCGCGGCAAAGACAACAAGGCCGUCGUCGCGAGUAACAUCAUGUACAUCGUCGGACAGUAUCCGCGUUUCCUGAAGGCCCACUGGAAAUUCCUCAAGACGGUCGUCAACAAAUUGUUUGAGUUCAUGCACGAAACCCACGAGGGCGUACAAGACAUGGCUUGCGACACGUUUAUCAAGAUCGCCAACAAGUGCCGAAGGCAUUUUGUCGCACUUCAACCUGGGGAGACGGAACCCUUCAUCGACGAAAUCGUUAGAAACCUUCGCAAGAUCACAGGGGAUCUGUCACCACAGCAAGUGCACACUUUCUACGAGGCAUGCGGUUACAUGAUUAGCGCCCAAGGCCAGAAGAGUAUGCAGGAGCGGCUCAUUCACGACCUGAUGGCGCUUCCCAACGCAGCUUGGGACCAAAUCAUUGCACAGGCAAACCAGGACCCUACCUCUUUACAAGAUGGCGAGGUUAUCAAGAUUGUCGGCAACAUCAUGAAGACCAAUGUGGCGGCCUGCAGUUCGAUAGGCUCCUACUUCUACCCGCAGAUUGGCCGUAUUUAUUUUGACAUGCUCACUAUGUACCGUGCAAGCUCAUCCCUCAUCGAUGAAGCUGUAAAACGCGAAGGUAAUAUCGCGACGAAGAUGCCGAGGGUUCGAGGGUUACGGACGAUCAAGAAGGAGAUUCUGAAGCUGAUCAAUACCUACGUCGAGAAGGCAGACGAUCUGGAAAUGAUCCAUAACAACCUUGUGCCGAAACUUCUCGAGGCUGUGCUCCUGGAUUAUAGGGACAACGUUCCCGAUGCUCGCGAGGCUGAAGUCCUCAAUGUUAUGACGACGAUCAUUAACAAGCUACAUAGCUUGAUGGAAGAUCAGAUCAUCAACAUCAUGGACGCCGUGUUCGAAUGCACCCUCGACAUGAUCAACAAGGACUUCUCUGAGUACCCCGAACACCGAGUGGAAUUCUUCAAGCUUUUGAGGACGAUCAACCUCCGCUGCUUCCCAGCUCUUCUGCGCCUAGACGCCCGGUCAUUCAAAUUCGUUAUCGACUCCUGCAUGUGGGCAAGCAAACACGACAACCGCGAAGUUGAGAGCGCAGGUCUGUCGAUGUGCUUCGAACUCAUCUCAAACAUGUCCGAGACGGACGCGCAGACGCGCAACGCCUUUUUUCAACAGUUCUUCUCGACUAUCCUCCAGGACGUGUUCUUUGUCCUUACCGACAACGACCACAAGGCGGGUUUCAAGUCACAAUCUAUGCUUCUCGCAAAGAUGUUCUGGUUGGUAGAGUCAGGCAAACUGGAUGGCCCGAUCUAUACCCCCGAGCUGGCGGCAGCGGGCACUUCGAACCACGAAUUCCUGCGAAAUUUUGUCGGCAACCUGCUGUCGACGGCGUUCCCCAACCUCCAGACGGCCCAGAUAGCGUCUUUCAUCGACGGUCUCUUCGCUACCAAUUCGGAUCUUGGGCGCUUCAAGACCAUCCUGCGAGACUUCCUGAUUUCGCUCAAGGAGUUCUCGGGUGACAACGCCGAGCUGUUUACCGAAGAGAAAGAAGCUGCUGCCGCCAAGGCAAAGGAGGAGGAACGGCAGCGGGCGAUGAAGGUUGGCGGUCUGCUGAAGCCGUCGGACAUGGAGGACGACGAGUUGUGA